AGCUAUUCAAUCAAGUGGUAAAAUAUGUUAAUAAUGAUACUCAUAUGAUCAAAAUUCAUCAAUCAUGAUUUCGUAAAGAAUAUAAAUUGGAAAUGUUAAUCAACUAAACUACCCUUUCAUCAUUUUAUUCAGGAACAGGCACCAUGUUUCUCAAAAGUUUGAUUAUUGCGAGUUUGGCUGUGUGCGUAUUAAGCGACGACAAAACAAAGUGUGCUGGGAAAUUUGAUAAGGAAGGGAGUCAGUAUGCAAAAGCAGCUCGAUGGACUGAGACACUAGAUGGUAUCCAGGCAACUUGCGUCUGUAGGGAAGAAAGUUGGUUCUUAUGGUUUCCUUGUAAUGGGGACUUCUGUGAUGAUGCAGUACGGGUUUGCGAAUGGGAUGGUUGCUAUAGUGAGGAGGAUGGUAAAGCAUAUGCUGCAGGUGCCCAAAUAAAAUACCGUGGCAGAGAUUGUGUUUGUGGAGAUGAUGAGCACCCGAUUCCAGAUAAACCAUCUACAAAAUAUGCCAUCAACUGUUAAAUUUGGCAUUCGCUUAAAUUUGGCAUUCAACAGUAUCUAUUUAACCGCACAAUUUAAUAUUAAAUGCACAGUCUGAAUAUGUAUUAUAAUAGUAGGUUUUGUCCAAGAGUCAAAGACACAAAAAGACUAAGAGAUGAGCUAAGACUAACUACAUGCAAAAUAUCACAAUUUUACAAUAUGCCUAUUUUCUAAAUUCAAAAACGAUUGACACUAGACAAACAGGAAAAUACAUGCGAAAUUUGUCUCCUGGAUUGAUAUUGGAUUCACAAGCAAAUUAUAUCACAUCUGUAACAUACAGGCCAGUAAGGGACAAAAUUUGCUUAUUACAGUACUCAUAUGGCCUUCUUCUAAGAUAAAGAUACGCCUUGAUAACAUAGAUAAUAUAGAUGGAUAACAGUAAUAUUAACUACAAUUAUCUUGAUAUUGAAUCUUUUGAAAUUAAAAUGUAAGCACAUGACUAUAUAAAGAGAAAUAAGC